UAUUCGCGUUAUCGUUGUAUAGUUGAACGUAUACCAAGAUUAUUUUGGUUAUCUUCAUUUGAAUUGUCCGGCUUGUACGUCUCGUAGAGCAUUUAUGUUUUUGUGGCGUUAGAAAGAUGACUGAAAUCGAAAAUUUCGUGUUGCCCCUGCAUCCGACGCAAAGAAAACCGAUGAGCCACUUCACAAUGUGGGAUAAUCACGAAGAACGUCUUAGCAACCUGCAAGAAGUGCAUCUUCCUUCCGAUGGAGUCACUCCAUUGACCAUUGACGACGAAUCUCAGCAACCUGAUAUGCCUAUUAAAAAGAGCAUUGGAUGUGAUCUGUGUGGAAUUAGAGUGACAAGUUACAAUGUGCUCAAGAGACAUUUGGAGGGCAGGCGUCAUAUAAUGCGCGCCGGACGCGAAGGAAAAACGUUCGAGUGCGAGCUGUGCAAGCUUACCGCCAAUAGUCAAAGUCAGCUAGAUGCACAUAUGAAAAGUGUAAAACAUAGAAAUCGUGUUUUUAAGAAAGAGCACGGAUAUGAUCCAUCAAACAAAGGUCUUUGGGUAAUCUUGUUUUGCGUUGGUUGUAUCUUCCUCAACUUCUUGUUACUAUUUAAAUUGAUGCUAUAAAAUAGCGAAAGUGCAUAUUUGCAUGAUCAUCCGCCAUCUUAAAAGAAACAUGCGUUUUAUAAGCCCUCUAAAAACUGUGCCAAAUUAAAAUUUUAUGGUUUUAUCAACAUCUUAAAAUAUACUGCGGAUAUUUAUCAGUUUGCAAAGCAAAACGAUUAAUUUUAAGUGCUAGUAAUAUUUAUUAACUGUUAAGCGGGCGCUUGAUUUAAAUUCCCUUCAUAUUUACUAACUAUAUUCAUUAUAAAUCAUUCGCACACAUUUGCGCAAAUGCUUCAUAAUUGCUAUAUAGACUACGUUGCGGUUUAGAACACAACAAAUUUAAUUAAGAACAAAAUAUAACCACCUAAUGUUGUGAUCUCAAACAGUUAGAUCGUUUGCAAAUAUAUUUCAUUAGCGUUGCAAUGAUUAUAGCUUGUUUACUUAACUAUCUCAGCAUAGACUAUAUUUUAUUAACUUUUAAUAAACAUAUUGCAUCUAUUCGCACAAUUUCAGUCAUGGUCGUAGUCAAAUUAUCUUUGUAGUAGGAAGCAGUGUGUCUUCAUUGUAAUAAUUAGCAUUAAUAAUUUAAUAAUAUUUCAUGUUAAUAAUAUAGUAUUGUAAGAUUUUGCAUGUGUAUUCUCUCAUUGGCUGACUGCAUGUUAAAAAUGUUUAAUUUGCGAAUGUGUUUGUUCUGCGUUUGAUAAAAAUUGUUCAUACAUUUAGAGCAAUUAAUAGGACACAACAUUUGAUAUAUGAAUUUUGCUAUUGGUUUGAAAUAGGUUUCAUUGUUUUAAACAUUUAGAUUAUGUAAAUUUAAAUAAUUUAUGCGAAUAGCCUUGUAUU